AUGGGGAGGCCUCUGCAGGUCACCAUGGAGACCGUGCUUGCUGUCUUCCUGCUCGGGGGUCAGAACCGCAACCAGGGGUGGAAGGGACGGAGCCCAGUGCAAUUCAGUCUGUCCCGGCCUGGACUGAGUUCCCCGGCACUGGAGGUGAACAAGCAACCACAGAGGGCUAUGCUUUGGGGAGGGCAUCAGACUGGGGGUGGAUUUGAAGACCUUCGCGGUUCCUUCCAAGCCCAGAGCAUCACUAACGCUCAGCCCCCAGGCCAGCUGAGGCCAAGGGCUGCAGCGUUCGGGAGCCCCGUGCCCUCCUGCGUCCUGACUCGCCUUCAGCACCUUGAGGUGGGCAAGCUGGCCUGCAUGGCUCUGUCCCCACUGGGCCUGGCAGCUGGCUUCCCCUCUAUGCAGAGCCACACAGGCCCUGUGUCCUGCGCCUCCCCCAGCCAAAAGCCCCUCCGCCUCCUCCCGGGGAAACCAGGUCUCUGA